GGAAAAGUGCUUCUCUGUGCGUUUUCGUUCUAGCGGGGAUUUUCCGGGCAUGUUGGACGACCGAAUCUGCCUGCACCCCUGCAAGGUAUCAGCUGAGCCAGACGAACUCACGCUGCACAAAAUGAGACGCUCGUAGACCAGCCGCAUCGCUUAUCGUUCGGCUUCCUGUCGUCCAGCGCUUAUCGCAUCCGGUGUGUGUUGUCCGGUGUUUGGUGAAAAAAUAUCAUUCAUGGAAUACUCCCGCAGCGUCUGCCGCAUCUCGACGUGAACGGGCGAUUUUUCCGACAAACUGUCCAGCUGUGACCGGAAAUAGUGGUCGCAUCCAUUAGCCCGCAACUGAUACGAUGGAUCGUCAAGUGACCGGCACGCAAGAUACAAGUCGGUGGUCACUGUUGUGAUCGGUGCGCUCAUCGUAUGCGACGGUUGCGGCAGAUAAUGUAGAAUUUCUACGGUGGCAGUGAUAUUUAGAAUCUCAUUCAGGGUCUCUAGGAACGGAGAACUAAACAGGACAUAGUGUAGAUUGCUUCGAAAUGAUCAUGUGCCGAAACGUGUGCCGUUGUGCUGAAUGAGUGAAUGCGCAUCCGAAUACUUGUUAUAUCAAAUCUACUGUUGAAGGUUGCCCGGUGGUUUAAAGCGAUAAGACCGCGUGAGUGUAUGUGUGACUUUCAAAAGAAAUAAUUUUAUUGUGAUAAUGGAGUAAUUGUUCGUGUGGAGGCUUCACUACGAUAUUUUAACGAUCCAAUCGAAGGGUGCUCCAUCGCACAGCAAAUCUGCAGAAUAUUCUGUGUCAUCGUAGCUACGUUAGUUGGUUUGAAUGGCUUACUAAUUUACCCAAAAACAUCGCAUUAAACAACGGAAACAUCAGAUCAAACGCUCUGGGCUGAGCGAUUGCGCCGACUCGAAUCGACUCUGUGAUCUCUUCCCACUAGCGGAAGCAAUACUCAUCAUUAUGAAGAUAACCGAUCUUGGUCUUCGCAAUGGAAAUCAUCCUCGAACAUUCAUCACACUCCUCUUCGGGACGGUGAUUGGCUUUAUAUUUGCUACGUUCAUCACAUCUUCAACAGUACGGGUGAAUCCAUGGAUGCCGGAAUACUACAACCAUCGAGACACACCGUCUGUAGCUAGCGAUCCGCAUACCGGUAACGAGCUACGUGAUGCCUCCGGUCCAGAACAGGACGUGGGAAGGCACGGUUCGCAUGAAGAGGUUCAUGCACACGAAAACUCCUCAAUAUCACAGCAGCUGCAACGUGAAGUACGCGUCCUGUGUUGGAUCAUGACCAAUCCGUCAAAUCACAAACAAAAAGCUUUACACGUUAAGCGCACGUGGGGCAAUCGGUGUAAUAAGCUAGUGUUCAUGAGUUCUAAACAAGAUCCAUUGAUCGAUUCAAUUGCUCUACCAGUCGGCGAAGGAAGGAACAAUUUGUGGGCCAAAACGAAAGAAGCUUUCAAAUACAUCUAUAAAAACCACCUGGACGAAGCGGAUUGGUUUUUGAAAGCUGAUGAUGAUACUUACGUAGUCGUAGAGAAUCUGCGUUACAUGCUCUACGCUUACUCACCAAGCCAUCCGAUUUACUUCGGGUGCCGUUUCAAGCCGUUCGUUAAGCAGGGGUACAUGUCUGGUGGUGCCGGUUAUGUGUUGAGCAAAGAAGCAGUCAAACGCUUCGUAGAGGAUGCGAUACCGAAUCCCAAGUGUAGGCAAGAUGCUGACGGAUCGGAAGAUGUCGAGAUCGGCAAAUGUCUGGAGCUGGUGAAGGUAUUAGCAGGCGAUUCUCGAGAUUCCGUUGGGCGAGGACGAUUUUUCCCGUUUGUCCCAGAGCAUCAUCUCAUACCGAACCAUGUAGGCAAUGAUUUCUGGUACGUGCAAUACGCGUAUUACAAACCGGAUGAGGGUCUCGAUUGCUGCUCCGAUAAUGCUAUCUCAUUUCACUACGUUGCACCGAACCAAAUGUACGUGCUGGACUAUUUGAUUUACCAUCUGCGCCCGUACGGUAUCGUUGGCCACGCGCAACCUCUACCAAAGAAGCUCAGCCUCGCUGAUAUAGUGCGAAUGGAUGAUCUGGCAAAGACAACUCCAAAGCCCGCGACGAAUAAUACGGUGCAGGGCGAAACCAAAGCGAAUCAACCAAAGACCUAAACUCUCGCAAGUGCUGUCAAAGCAGCAUAGCGCUAAGAACCAAAACAAAAAUAAAAAGAGCAAGUCGGUCACUAAUCUUAGCGUAACAAGUAGAGUGAAUGCAUUCUCUGUAAUGGCUGGAUGCCCAUACUUAUCCGCCAAGAAGCAUACACUUGAAACAAGGUCAUGUAGGUGUAUAAGUUUAAUGCUAGACUAUUCUUAAGACUCUCGUAUAGUUUAAGGGUAACGGCAGUGACUGACGUAGUUGCAACCGGUAGAACCUCCCCUAUUUAUGCUCCUGUAUGGCUAUUGUUUUACGAAUAUAAUAGCUGCCAAGAGUAGAUUAGGAAUCUCAAUUUCUUCUCGAAAGCAAUUACCAAUUAGCUA